AAUCGCCCUGAAAAAGGGACGCGUAUGUCACGUGCAUUGGGCGCAAGUCAACUGCUGCGGCUUCCUGAGACAGACGAUAUUCAAUGGCCCUGCGUAGUCGUCGCAGGGUCGCUCCAGGGACCCAGGCGGCGUACAAACUACAAAAUAUGAGAGCGCACAUCAAAGCGAGCCGGGUAUGGUAUGCAUCGCGCCCAUCCCUCCAUAUAAAAGAGACUUCCUCUCUUCCAUCGACAUCUCAUUCCUUCAACCAACUCCUCGCCUCCCAUCGCUAACAUCCCACCAUGACCCAGACCAGUAUCCACCUCCAAGCAACCCCGCGAGACAGGACUGUCGACCUCGGUGACGGACUCAUCAUGCGCUGGUCCACCAAGGCCGACAGCGACAACGUUGCAGAGCUCAUGGGGGAGGCCUUCAGGUGGCUAUCUUUCCUGGAUCCCAUCCCUGAAGGCGUCAUCCCAGGACCCAGCGCGACCUUUUCCUCAGCCAGUAGACGACUGUUGAGCGGUAAGAACGGGACCAUGACAGACCGGGACUAUGCUCUCGUGGAGGACACGACCCGCCCACGCGACAACAAGAACCCUAUCGUCGCCUGCGUGGCCAUGCAACGCCAUCGUGCCUAUUACGGCUGCGUCGACGAUAUAUUCUUUGGCAAACCGGAACUUAUCGCCACGCGGCCCGAAUACCGUAACCGAGGGCUCGUCCGCAAGUUGCUCUACGAAAUGAUCCACCCGGAAUCUGAGGCUCGUGGAGAUGCGCUUCAGUUCAUCGCCGGCAUCCCACAUUUCUAUCGUCAAUUCGGAUACACAUACGCCAUGGCGAACUACUUGUCCGGCAAGAUCGCAGACCUGUCGUCGAUCCCCGCUCUACCCCCCGGCAAGACCGAGCCCUUCAUCCUCCGCAAAGCGACCGCUGCCGACAUCCCCUACCUAGUCCGCCAUAGCACCAACGACGUCAGCCCCUAUACUUCCGUCGGGCUCAAAUACGGCCCUGAGUACUACCAAUACACCGUCGCCGAUAUCCUCGAGCUCGAGCAACCGGGCCACAACAGCAUCCGCGACACCCUUAUCGUCGUCAACGCCGCUACAGGCAAAGAUGUUGGCUUCUCGAUCGUCUCUCAUAUGGUCGGUCUCAAGGUCGAGGCCCUCGUCCUCGACGACUCCGUCGUUCUCAAGGACGCCCUCUACCCGAUCCUGCGGCAGUUCAUCUCGAACGAGAAACACCGUCUUGAAGCCAAGAAGGCGACUCUCUCAGUCGAAGAAGCGGAAAAGUUCUCGACCGCCCCACCUUACAUGCUGCUCCAGGUUCAUCCCAAGCACCCGAUCACGAUGUUGUUGGGCUCCAAAAUCGCGCCCAGCAUCACCGGUCCCGGAUAUAGAGUCAUGACCCGUAUCUACGACUACCCACGCUUCAUUCGCAUCAUCACCCCAGAACUCGAACGCCGUCUCAGUAAAUCUCCCAUGGCCGGCUUGACCGGUCGUCUGCGCCUAGACUUUUACCGCAAGGUGGAGGGUAACAAUGCCAAGGGCCUAGAGAUCCUUUUUGAGGACGGAAAGAUCGUCGAAGCUAGGGAAUGGGCCAACCCCGGGCCGGAGAAGACGGUCGAGGAGUACUUGGCUUGGAAAGCAGAGGAUAAGGUGCCAGUGAUUUAUGCGGCCGCGUUUGCGCCCUUGACCUUCCAUUCGCUCUUGACGGGAGACAGGAGUCUGGAGGAGCUGGCCUGGUCUUUUGGAGAGAAUCGCGUCAAGGACGAGGCGUCCACGCUGCUAUUGAACUCCUUGUUCCCCAAGGUCUCUCAUCAAAUUGAUGGAUUCUUCUGGUAGACGAAGCAACGUUCACUCUAGGCUUGGCACCAAUAAAUGAAAGCUGUAUUUGGACCAA